AUGUACAUCUUGGUCAAGAACCCCGCGGGUAGGAUGAUCCGCCUUAGGGUCAGGCCAUUACAUACCUUGGGUGAUGUCAAGACAAUAAUCCAGCAGCGCCAUUUCCUCGUCUCCAACGGGGUGCAGCUAGACGAUAACUGUACGCUGGCUGGUUACAACAUCCAGCAUGAAUCCACGCUCGAGCUCCAAGAGAAGAUGCAGAUCUGCGUGACGGAGACACUGAUGAACAGGACCAUCCCGCUCGAUGUCGACAGCCUAGACACCAUCGACGACGUGAAGGCCAACAUAUAUGGCCUCCAGGGCUUCCCCAGUGCUCAGCAGUGCCUCAUCUUUGCCAGCAAGCGGCUGGAAGAGGGGAACCGCACCUUGGCUGAUCAUAACAUCAUCAUGGAGUCUACUAUUCUCCUUGUUCUCCUCCCUUGUAUAUCGAGAGGAGACAUGAUGCAGAUCCAUACAAAGUCGUUAUCAGGAAAGACCAUCUCUCUUGAGGUUGGGAGUUUGGAUACCGUCGAGAGUGUCAUGGUGAAGUUGUAUGAGAAGAACUUCGCCUCUUAUCCAAGCCAGCAGCGCCUCAUCUUUGCAGGCAAGACGCUGGAAAUAAGGCGAACCCUAGCGUACUACAACAUUUCUAGUGAUUCUACCCUUUGUUACGUGCCCUGCCUUUGCGGUUGUUGA